AUGCAAGAACCUUCGAGCGGAGGUAUGGUCAAGGAGCUCCACACGGAUCUUGUACGGAAAUUCAGAAAACAUGGGCCUACAAUUGAGAAAUAUUGGCAUUCUUUCGACAAACAGCAGCGAACGAAAUGCAUCAGGGCAGGUGAUAUAGACGGCCAGGUGCUGAAGCACUCUAUGGACAGGUCUCUUGGAAACGUCUACAAGUUCAUUCCUGAGUGGAACCUCCGAGAUUUGACGGAGCCUGAUUCUGAUCAUCUCAUGGAAUUGUUUCGUUACCGCACUGAAAAUGACCUGAUGGAACAGUAUUUGGGGACAUCUACUACCCUCGGAGAUCUUCAGUUCAUCGAGAAGAUGAUACGAACCAAAAACCUGCACAUGACCGAACCCUUCAAGAACUGCUGGUCAUUCUUCCUGUCUGUUGACGAGUAUGGCAAUUCAUACAAGGCCAAUGAUCCAUCGGCGAUGUCAGGCUUUGAGAAAGCAAUGCAGAUGAAAUACAUCAUUCCCCAGGAAACCGGAGAGUUGGUUUUAAUAAGGCAGACGCACACUCUCCAAAACCUCAACAUCAUCAUCGAAGAUAUCUUGGAAGAAGGGUCAAAGACACGAAAACCGCAGCAGGCUAAGAAGAAACCCGCUGACGGAACUACAGCUGCAUUCUCUAAGCUGAAAAUCCAAGAUGCUCCGACCCAGUUGACUCUCUCUGAUCUCGUCGCCAGCGCCCGCGACCAAAAGACCUUGCUGGAGGGCUACCUCGCUUUGGUGUCUUCAGAGCCUGUCGUUCUUGCCCAUGAUGUCAACCACUGGUUUUUUAGUCGUCCAGAGCUCGUCGCCGAUGAGCUAGGCCGACGCCUUCCCCAGUACACCGAUAGAUACAUCAGCGGCGCCGUUCUCGAUGCAGUUCACAACGCGGUGAGUGGUGCUGCAAUUUGGGCGUACAUCGAACAACUCUUGCUCCGUCUUGAGAGCCCGGGGUCGGAUAAGAGUUACCGAAGUCUUAUUCUUCAAGAGAUCACCAACAUUUGCAAUUUCGAGUUCACUCGGGCCCAAUCUCUCCUUAAGCGGCAUGUUGCGAAGAACUCGAAUUUGUUCAAAAGAAUUUCCAACACCUUCGACAAGGCCGGAAACGCCCGUCUCACUAUGAAAGCCAAACCUGACAGCUUUACAAGGAGCGAUCCUCAACUUCACUACAUCCUCCGUCUGUGUCACGCAGGCACCAACGCCGCCCAGGCGGUUGAAUGGGCGCAGAAACUGGGCGCGCUUCAUCAUACGCACCCAACCGAGAGAGAGAAACUCUCUGAAGGCGAGUUUGAGUCUCUCUGCAACCUGGCUGCUAUUGUUGGCUUCAUCCAGGACAUGAAUACGGCUAUCACUGUGCCUUCCGUUUCUCGAAAAAAGAGACAGCUUUUCAUUUCCCAGCACCAGGAGUUGGAAGGCGAGUUAAAUCAGCUCAAAAAGGAUCUCGACCUUGGCGAUUUCGCAAUUCCUAUUGGCAACCUCUUGGAGCCAGGCAUGGCUGAAGGCGCCCUCAAGGCUCUCGAUACAUUCAUUAUCGAGAAAACUGGCACUAAGAUUGGCUUCUUGUAUCAAGAUCUGAUCAAUGACUGUCUUUCUUCUCUUCAAAGCCAAAACGACGAGGCUAAAGCUGAGGCGGGGAAUAAAGACAAAGAAUGGACGCCCCUUCCAGCCACUGCGCCAGAACCACGGCAGAAGCUGGUUGAGCAGCGCAAAAUGAAGGAGAAAACUCGACCAUCUAACUCAUCCACCUACGAAAUUAGUCCUGCAGUCAAGGCACCUAUUUCUAAAGAAGCUCCAUCCCCGGCGCAGAAGUUUAAGGUCAGCUCUGCAACUGCCGACGUCUUUACGGCAAUUUUCAGAAAAUCUGAGUCUCGGCGCUCGGUUAGUUGGGCGGCGUUUGAGGGUGCCAUGGCAGAUUUGGGGUUUUCAGUUAUUCCCAAGUACGGCUCAGUCUUCACCUUCCUUCCGCCCGAGACCAUGGCUAUCAGGAAGCCUUUUACAGUGCACCGCCCACAUAAGUCUCAGAUUGAAGGAUACCUAUCACUCAUCAUUGCGCAACGGUUGAACAGGUCUUAUGGGUGGAAUGAGGAGACUUUUGAAGUGGCUUGA